AUGUCGCAGAGGUCGGAGGCAGGCACUGCUGGGGAGGGUGACGAGGAGCAGCGGCUGCGGGCUGCGCUGCGUCACCUGCAGGCGGAGGCGGGGGUGCUGGAGCGCCUGGUGUACAAGCACCGGAACCAGCACCGCGGCGCCGCCUACUUCCAGUACCUCCUCAAGGUGAGGAGGGACCUGAAGCUUCUGCUCGGCGCCGGCCUUGCGGAGGUCCUCAACGCCGUGUUCCCGGUUCUCGCAUGCCGCAAGCCGGCCAACACGAUCCUCGUCCCCACCAAGCAGACUAAGAAGAAACCUGGUGCAAACCACAGCCAUCAUGAGAGGCUUUUGGGUGUUGCCCGCUUGUUAUCCCAGAUGUCUGAACCUGUUAUGAAGGCAGCAAUCCAGAUAACAUUUUUGCUUGCUAGAUCAUUCUUCGUUGAUUUUUGCACGGCUGUGUUCUCUUUGCUUGCGCGAGUAAGGGUCCUGAUCCAACAGAUGUUACUUGAUGUUGUGUCAGUAUACAAUAAGGUCACCGAUCUUACUGAUAGGAAGCAGGCUGUUAAGAUUAGCAUCAGUGGAGUGCAGGCUUUCAGAGAGUACUACCCCUCUAUGAAUGCUGCAUGUACAGUUCUGGGGUGUGUAUGGGUAAAAGAUAAAUUCAUUUUGCAUGAAAAGGUUAAGGAUAUCUGUCAGGAAACCCAAGUUGAGGAUCAGAAGUGCUGCGGUCCUGAAUCUCCAAUCCAGUAUGAAACACUUGCACUGAUUAGUGAAGAUAUGAAAAGUCUAGAAGGAACGAACUCGCCAGCCAGCCAGCUAGACGCUGCUCUAGCGGCGCAACCAGAUAAAAUGAUCCAUUGCAAUGAUGCUGGAGAUUCUCAGAGGGGGAGGCAACUAGAAAAUGAAAGCGGUGCUUGUUCAGUUCCUGACACCUUUAGUACUCGCGAGCACCUGAAGCCCGAGACUAGGAAGAGAGUAGCAUUUGUCACAGUUGGAAAUCCGAAAGUCACAGGUGCAGCCUCAGAAACAAAAUCAUCAGAAGUGAACAAGAAGCAAAGACACAUGAUUUCUCCUUCCAACACACAAUCUGAACUGUACAACAAAUUGCUGGAUUGUGAUACUACAGAGAAUCCCAUACUUUAA